ACACGCACACACACCUAUACAGACAAGUGAAGAAUAUAUCCCAAUUACACAACACAAGUGUCUCUAUAGCAAUGACACUCUCUAUAAGCCCAACCACCCAACCACACACUUCACCUUGUUCCGUCUCCAAACCCAACGUUAACCCAACUUUCUCACACGCCACCACCCCAAGCUUACCCUUCAACAAGUCCCAACUCGCUUGGGAUCGCAUCAAGCAUGACUCAGUGCAAUGCAACUCGCCCAAGCUCGGCCACAAGUGGACACAAUACCAAGGAAUCAACCAAUGGGAUGGUUUGCUAGACCCUCUCGACGACAACCUACGCAUGGAAAUCCUAAGAUACGGCCAAUUCGUCGAAUCCACCUAUCGCGCAUUCGACUUCGACACCAAUUCUCCCACUUACGCCACAUGUCGCUACCCGAAAACAUCGCUACUCGCUCGAACCGGACCGAGAAAAUCCGGUUACCGAGUAACGAAGAACUUACAUGCAACAUGUGGGGUAGAAUUACCCAACUGGGUUUCCUCUUUGUCUCAGCUGCCACGUGUUCAAUCUAGUUGGAUUGGUUACGUGGCAGUAUGCGAAGACAGGGAGGAAAUCGCACGUCUGGGGAGACGCGAUGUGGUAAUUGCUCUAAGGGGAACUGCCACGUGUCUCGAGUGGUUGGAGAAUCUUCGUGUAACCUUGACGAAAUUGCCCAGCCAUAUGGGCUGUGGAUACGAAGACUGCAUGGUGGAAAACGGUUUUUUGAGUCUCUAUGUCUCCAAAACGGGCGCGUGUCCGAGUUUGCAAGACAUGGUUCGCGAAGAGGUGGCGAGAGUGAUCGAAUCGUACGGCGAUGAGCCACUCAGCAUAACUAUAACCGGGCACAGCCUUGGAGCCGCACUCGCGAUUCUCAGCGCGUACGAUAUAACCGCCACGUUGAAGAACGCGCCGAUGGUCACUGUGGUUUCCUUCGGUGCGCCCCGCGUGGGCAACGAAAAGUUCAGGAGUCAGUUGGAGAAGAGUGGGACCCGCAUACUAAGAAUCGUAAACUCCGAUGAUGUCAUCACAAAAGUUCCUGGACUCGUGGUUCGAGAUGAUGACGUGGCGUGCAGUGGCGGUGUCCACGCGGCGGGAUUCCAGAGUUGGUUCCGUAAGGUUGUUGAUGACAUGCAGCUUGUGUACGCUGACGUUGGACAAGAGUUGAGAGUGAGUAGCAGGGAAUCGCAGUAUCUGAAGAAAGGAGAUGUCGCCACGUGUCAUGAUCUCAAGACGUAUCUUCAUCUGGUGAAUGGUUUUGUUAGUUCCUCGUGUCCGUACACGACCAAAACGACACAGUAUCCAGCGGAAGCUUGGCUAUGAUUUUUAUUUUGGUCUUUUAAAUCACGACGCUGUGUAUAACUCUCACAGUAUCAGCCUAUUUUAACUGUGAAUAAUUAAUUAUGACUAAUUUAAUAUCUAU